CUCGAUUCAUUCGGACAACGACCAUGCUCAACCCAAGAAGAAUGACGACAAUUGUUGCAAGAUCAAUCUCAAAACCCAUACCUCUGGUAGAGCGUCUUUACAUUCGGCGAUAUAUUCGUACAGCAUGUGCAAGGCCUACAGUUAAUGUCUUUACUUCGGCACGUAGUCCCAUAACCGCAACCGGCGCCGGCACCGUAACAGCUUUAAACAUUCGACGCUUGUACUUUUCAAAUUCACAUGAAGAAACAGGAACAAGAGGGAUUCGUGCGCUAGUCCAAAACGCACCUUUUGUUGCAGUUGGUCUGAUCUUGGGAGGCUUGACACUUACGGCUGUUGGGCUUUGGAAAUUUUACACUUCAGGGGUCAAUGCCUUCCCAGAAGCGAUCCGUAACGAUCUUCGGAAAGCACUGUAUUAUCAAAAUUACGGCAAUGACCCUGAAAAAGCUGUUAAAUUUUACCGAUCAGCAUUGAAUGCUGCAAUGCAUCAUCCUGAUUUGAAUGUUGAUGGUCCUGAAGUAACAGGAAUCAUGAUUCAGUUAGGAACAAUGUUUCAAGACAUGGGUCGGACUCGUGAGGCGAUCGAUGUCUUGGUGAUGGCAUUUGAAUGCUUAGUCCAUGGCCGUACUAUGGGUACUAGCAAUAAGGAUUUUCGGGACCAAGAUCAGCACCCUGGACAGAGUCUGCAAGACACAGAAUUUAGCAGUUCACAGGAUAAAGCAGAGGAUCUGCAUACACAAGACCAAAAGAAACAUGGAACUAAAGUGAUGGAUGGCCCCACGCGACUCAAGACUAUUGGCAUUGCACAGAAGCUAGGGGACUUAUAUCAUUUAACCAAGAAGGAUGAACAAGCAGAGCGGUACUAUCUGUGGUCUGUGGAGCAGUUAUUGAUCAAUCAUGACGAGAAGUUAAGGCAAUCAGCAGGAAAUGUGGAUGGGGAGCGACUUUGGAAUGCAAGAGAUCAAGAAGUAGUGAGGAAGCAAUUCAAUUUUGACAAAUUACCUGCCUGGAUGAGUAAGUCAGAUCUGGGAGCGAGUUUGGAGGCAUUAGGUGGGUUUUAUGCCAGCAAAGGGAUUUACUCAAAUGCUUUGCCAUUGUACAUGCGUGCGUUAUCUUUAGUUGAUGCCAAAUCUUGUCAUGCAGCUGUGUUGAUGUGUAACAUCUCAGAUGCUUUCGCAGGACAGGGCAAUAUCGAUGAUGCCACCGGUUGGGCUGAACGUGGCCUCAAGGUUGGAUUAGCGCAGAGUGGUCAGGAAUGUGAUGAAGGCUGCGGAGUUUUGCUUUUCAAUCUGGGCAUGCUUCACGAGAUGAAAGGCAACAUACAUAAGGCCCAGGAUUACUAUAAACAGUCGAAGCAACAUGGGUUAAAGACAGGGUUUGAUCGAUGUAUUGUUGAAUCGGACAAAGCUUUAAAGCGUUUAAAGGAGAAUAAGGAAGGAACAUUAUCAACAUAGGCAAUUAAUGUCUAUUACUAAAUGUCUAUUAUGAAAAAAAGUAAUGUUUCCUUCCGACAUGGCAUGGUGUAACUGGCAUAGAUUCGGACAGUAAAAUGUUUUUGUGCUUUUAUUAUCUGCAUCAGCAAUUGUUCAUACAAAGGCAUGCAUGUCUCGUGCGUG